ACGAAUUUUGUCUCAUAUUUGUCUCUUGAUACAGCAUGAAGCGAAAAAUCGCUGUUAUAGGCGCUGGCGUUAUAGGUUUAACGGCGGCGUUAAAAAUUCAAAAAGAAUACGGAGAAAGCAUCGUUGUCACCAUUUAUACAGCUGAUAAGAGUCCUAAUACAACAGGUGAUGUAGCCGCGGGACUUUGGGCACCGCAUCUAGUACAAGAUACUCCGGAAGAUAAAGUAUUAAAAUGGGCAAAAGAAACUCAAGAUUUCUUCUGGAAAUUAUGGAAAGAUGGUUAUGCGCUAGAUGCUGGUAUUUCUUUACAACCCGUGGUAAAUUUGUUAUGUGAUGAUACAAGUAUUCCGAAAUGGUCAACAAUUGCUAUUGGAUGUAAUGAAAUCAAAGGAAAGGAGUUGGAACGUUUUAAAAAUGAUCAUAAAAUUCCAUACACUGGAGGUUUUACUUUCACAUCAUUCACAUGCGAAUCAACAAAGUUUUUACCGUUCUUAGAAAACAUUUUUAUUAAUAACGGGGGACAAAUAAAAAUCGAAAAAAUUGAAAACUUCUCUCAAUUGAAGGACUAUGAUGUUAUUAUAAAUUGCACUGGGAUAUAUUCUAAGAUUUUAAUGAGUGAUAAUAGUGUUAAAGCGAUCAGGGGACAAAUACUAAGAGUUGAAGCAUCAUGGCAAUUUCAUACAGUUAUAGACGAUUCUGAUGAUGGCUGUUACAUCAUACCAAAUGCAAACUGUGUUAUAUUGGGUGGAACCCAUCAAUUAGAUGAUGAAGAUACAAAACCAAGAAUUGAAGACGCCACUCGUAUAAUAAAAGGUUGUAAACAAAUGAUACCAUCUCUUCAUGAAGCGAAGGUAUUGAGACAUCAAGCCGGCCUUCGUCCAGGACGUGAUCAGAUACGGCUUGAAUUAACAACGAUUAACUUAGGUAAUAAAUUGGUUCCGGUGAUCCACAACUAUGGACACGGCGGGAGUGGCGUUACAUUAUGUUAUGGCUGUGCAGGGGAAGUCGUCGAUCUUGUAAAGAUAGCCUUGACAAAGAGCAAGCUGUAAUUGCGAAUUAAACGUUGAGUUGAUCCGAAAUAAUGGUGUAAUAGCUUGUUUUGUUAUUGAAUGUCUCAAUAUUCUUGCGUUGAGGUUGGAAUUUAUAUUAUCCCUUUUAGAGUUUCUACAAAGUGAAGCAGAUUAAGUAUAUGAAUAAUAAUUAUGUGUUAUAAAAUCGAUUGUUUAGAAAAAACAAAUUAAAAUGGA